AUGGAAAAGUGUUUUGUGUUUGUUCCAGUAAGUGUAGAACAGAAAACAAAGUUUGCCAGUCAUUACUUAAAGAAUGAAGCGACAUAUUGGUGGGAAUCUGUUAAGAAUAUGGAAGGUACGCUUGAAAUUACUUGGGAAAGGUUUAAAGAAUUGUUUCUAGAGAAGUAUUUUCCUAGGUUUCUUCAGGAUCAGAUGGAAUUGAACUUUUUAGAGUUGAAACGAGGAAAUAUGUCUGUGGUGGAGUAUGAGAAUAAGUUUGCGGAAUUGGCCAGGUUUAUGCCAACUUAUGUAGAGACAGAUAGGCAGAAAGGAAAGAGGUUCCAGCAAGGUCUGAAGCCUUGGAUUAGAAGCAAGUUAGCUAUUUUGCAAUUGGAUACUUAUGCGGCAGUUGUUGAGAAAGCGAUGAUUGCGGAGACAGAAAAUGAGUUGUUCCAGAAGUCUAAGGAGAAUAAGAAGAGAAAGCUAGACAAUAGAGAAGGACUAUCUUAUCAAGGGAGAUUCCAGAAGAAAGGGAAAUUUCAAGCAGGACGAAAUCCUAACUUUAAAAAGCUGAACAUAGGCAGUAGUGGUCAAGGUGGACGUUUCAUUAUGGGAAAUCAGGCCAAUCAGCAGAGGCCUUCAAUACCAGAAUGUCAGAUAUGUGGCAAGAGACAUGGAGGAAUAUGCAACAAGUUGAACGUGGUGUGUUUUAAGUGCAAUCAGAAAGGACAUUAUUCUAGGGAAUGUCAGAAUCAACCAGUGAUAAGAGAUCAAGCAAAUAAAAGCUCAACAAGUAAGACUCCAAGCCAUAGGAUAUACAUGUUUUAA